CAUAAUAUGUUGACUUGACUAUAUAGCAUCGUUAAACCCAUGUGAAACUUCUACUUAAACUAUUUAUGCAUUUAUACGAUCAUAUUUGUGGGCUCUUGUUUUAUAGUAAAACUAUAUAUUAUAGAUGCUGACAAGUGACAACAAUAUAUAAGGUUUGCUGGACAAGGAUAUGGAGUUUAAUUAUUAAGAGCGUGAGGAACGUUGAAUUAUAUUUAAAUGGUAAAUGCCAAAACUCUUGGUUAUAUUUAACAUUAUAUAUCCUUUGCAAUCCCUCAAGAAGGAUACAUUCAAUUUUUGGUGGUCUUUUCAAAAGUGGAAAUACAACAAAACAAUGUCGGGACUUAGAUUGGAUGGCAAGAUCGCAAUUAUAACAGGCGGAGCUAGUGGGAUUGGAGCUGAAGCGGUUAGGUUGUUCACGGACCAUGGAGCUAAAGUGGUCAUCGUGGACAUACAAGAAGAGCUUGGCCAAAACCUCGCCGUUUCGAUAGGGCUAGACAAAGCAAGUUUUUACCGUUGUAAUGUAACCGACGAGACGGAUGUCGAGAACGCCGUUAAGUUCACCGUUGAAAAACACGGAAAGCUUGACGUUCUGUUUAGUAACGCCGGGGUCUUGGAAGCGUUUGGAAGCGUUCUUGAUUUGGAUCUUGAGGCGUUUGAUCGAACGAUGGCGGUUAACGUUCGCGGUGCGGCUGCGUUUAUCAAACACGCGGCACGUUCGAUGGUGGCUAGUGGUACUCGUGGCUCCAUUGUAUGUACGACGAGUAUUGCGGCAGAGAUAGGUGGUCCGGGACCUCAUAGUUACACGGCUUCUAAGCACGCGCUUCUCGGGCUGAUCCGAUCAGCGUGUGCUGGACUGGGGCAGUACGGUAUUAGAGUCAACGGUGUUGCACCGUAUGGGGUUGCCACGGGGAUGACUAGCGCCUACAAUGAGGAAGCGGUGAAGAUGCUUGAAGAAUAUGGUGAAGCCCUAGGGAAUCUCAAAGGUGUGGUGCUUAAAGCUCGCCACAUCGCAGAAGCAGCUUUGUUUUUGGCUUCUGAUGAUUCGGUUUAUAUUAGCGGUCAGAAUCUGGUGGUUGAUGGUGGUUUUAGCGUCGUUAAGCUCAUGACCACGUGAGAAACAACUAAAAAAUGAGGGCAUAGACUCUCUUGACACUUUCAUUUUAUUUCUUGAAUAAAAAUUGAAUUUAUAAGUACUUUCGAUCAUUGUGUUGUAUGUUAGGCUCUUGAGUUUAUAUAAACCUUGAGUUUAAUAGUUUACUUUUUCUUUUAGUUUCUCAAUUCUAUAUAUAUACUCUUGUUGUUUUAGCUUCUUUUCUUAUGAUUUAGCUGAUAUGCACUUUGAAUAAUGUCCGAUUGUGUUUCUCUCAUUGUAAUCGCUCAACUCCGUAAUGACGUAUUUGGUGCACAAAAAAAUAGGCAGUGUUUUCAAAUUUACUUAGACAAAAAUAAAAGAUAUUUAUAAGACUAUUCAGCCGUCUGAAUCUAUAUUGAU